AGAGCAGGUUAGACAUCCAGCACAAGUUACCAUGGUGAUUUACCCCAGGAAGAAGAGAACCAUCUCCGUUGGACCGAAAACCCAGAGUUAAACCUGAAGUUACCUUGAUAACCACAAAAAAACCUGCUCCGUAGUACAUGUCUUGAUCCGGUCACUUUUGCAUUUUCAAAAAGAAAUCUGCUACCAGCAACACCAUGGGCCAAGAAAACAGCCCAUUCCAAACAUGAAUGUUUAGAACGGGCACUACACUAGUGACUAAUAACAACACAGUGGAGCACUCCGCAUCCACGUGUGUACGCGAGCGCACGUACAAGGUAACAGUGGGGGCAUAGCCAUGGGUGCGUUCCUGGACAAACCCAAGACAGUGAAGCACAACUCACAUGGUGAGGGCAAUGGCCUGCACUAUGGCCUGAGCUCCAUGCAGGGCUGGCGGGUGGAGAUGGAGGAUGCUCAUUCAGCUGUUUUGGGACUUCCUGCUCCUGGUAUGACUGACUGGUCGUUUUUUGCUGUGUACGAUGGUCAUGCUGGCUCAAGGGUUGCCAACUAUUGCUCUAAGCAUCUCCUGGAACACAUAAUUCGUGAUAGCUUAGUGGCCAGGGGUACACAAGGCUUCCAGGCUGGUUCAGACAGUUCCACCAGUGACCCUUCAGCACCAGUUCCUCCUAGAGUUGAGGCUGUGAAAGCUGGAAUCCGGACAGGUUUCCUGAGGAUUGAUGAGCACAUGCGCAGCUUCUCUGAAUUUCGAAAUGGUGUGGACCAUAGUGGCUCCACAGCAGUGGGAAUCCUCCUUUCCCCCGAGCAUUUUUUCUUCAUUAACUGUGGUGAUUCUCGAGCUGUUCUUUACCGCAAUUCACAAGUGUGUUUCUCCACACUUGACCACAAGCCUUGUAACCCACAUGAGAGAGAGCGCAUCCAAAAUGCUGGUGGCUCUGUGAUAAUUCAGAGGGUGAAUGGGUCACUGGCUGUAUCAAGAGCCUUGGGGGACUACGAUUACAAGUGUGUGGAUGGGAAGGGCCCCACGGAGCAACUGGUUAGCCCUGAACCAGAAGUGUUUGAGGUGAUUCGGGCCCCGGAAGAAGAUCAGUUUGUAAUCUUGGCGUGUGAUGGCAUCUGGGAUGUCAUGUCCAAUGAGGAGCUGUGCGACUAUGUGAAAUCCAGGCUUGAGGUGUCAGAUGACCUUGAAAGAGUCUGCAAUGAAGUGGUGGAUACCUGCAUGCAUAAGGGGAGUCGGGAUAACAUGAGUGUUGUGCUAGUGUCUUUGCCCAACGCUCCUAAAGUGUCAGAGGAAGCUGUGAGGAAAGAUGCUGAGCUCAACAAAUAUCUGGAGUUGAAGGUUGAAGAGAUGCUUUGUCGGCGGGGAGAGCUGUUUCCAGACAUGGUUACGGUGAUGAGGAACCUGUCCACCGACAGUGGCAUGCCUCCUCUGCCACCAGCGGGGGGCCUUGCCAGCAAACGCAGUGUUAUUGAAGCAGUCUACAGCCGUCUGAACCCAUACAGGGAGGAAGAUGCGGCCAACUCUGAGGAGUCCUGAUUGUAUGGUCGGACAAAAAGUUCCUCCCAUCUGGACACAGAUAUUCUGUUGGACGUUAUCCGUGGUCGGCCAUCUUCAUCUGCAGAGCGCAUCUGAGUUGGAUUAUCAGUUGUAGCUGUCCAGCACAACUUUCUGAUCCAGCAAAACAGGACCACUUUCCCGCCCAAAUCUCUUCAUUAACAUUUUCCAGGAGACAUUACAAUACAACACAACAAUUGAAAAUGCUCAUACAAACCAUCUGUAUUGAAAUAUUUAACCUCCCCACACCCAUUGAUCAAAGUCCAUUAGACAUUUCAAUUAUACAACACACACACAAAGCAAAAAAAAUGGGUAAGCAAAAAUAGAAUGAACACCACAAGAAAUAGGAAAAAUUACAAGAAUAAUAAUUAAAAAGUAGGAAAACUAAAUAACUUCUUCUCUCAAUCAGUCUCACAAGUGAUAAUAAGGCUAUUAAUACAUUUUAAAAAGAGGAUUCCAGGUCCUGUAAAAGGCAUUAAAGGAUCCUUACAACAUAAUGUUUCUAACUUUAUGCACUCCAAGACUUCCUGCAUCCAUAUAUUAAGUGUCACAGGGGUGGCAUGAUUCCACUUGAGAAGAAUGGCAUGUCUGGCCAGCAGAGUAGUAAAUGUGAUAACAUGCUGUGAUCUAGUAGGAAAAUUAGGAAUCAGAGGGAGACCAAAUAAGGCUGUUAGAGUAACCCUCUAACAGCCUUAUUUGGUUGGGGGGGGGGUUGAUGGGCACGUUGAGAGCCUAGUUUUUUUAAAUAUAUCAGACCAAAAACCUAUCAGCCCUGAUCAUGCCCAAGGACCACUUUUCCACAAAAGAUCCCAUCCAUAGUCACCUGAGAUUUUUUAAUUUAUUUAUUUUCCAUCACACUCAUCAAUCAAAGCAGAAAUCCUGAUUUUAGAAACAAAACCUUGCAGCUGACUGGUGGCUGAUCAACCACACACCAAGGCAUCGCUUGCUAGGACUCAACCAAGACCCAACACUUGACCGACCCCUGCACCCAGCGGGCUGGAGAAGGCCUCACAGAACUCAGAGGUUUAAAACUCCCAAAGACCUCUGGCAUAAAGCUUCAAAUUCAGCACCAGAGAUCUCGAUCACAUGAGGCUACACAGGGGGAACACUCCUGAGUGUCUGUACAAGUCUGUAUGGCAACAAAUGUCAGUUUCGUCCGAACUAAAACAGGACAUGGGCUGGUGUGCCUGGCUGAAGAGGAAUUACAUGGAAAAAGUCGGAACCCAAGUGGGGUGACUCUUCUUGCACAUACCCGCUCACUUUCUCUCCUCUUUGUCUCAUCAAGGAUGCUUUCCAACAGUUGUUUUUUUCUCUUUUGCCCUCCGUCUCUUCACGGCUGUUUCUUUAUAUGACAGAUGAUUUAGUGUGAUAUUAUUAUUGUUUGUUUUAAUUGCUGUCGCUUUCUGUGUGGACCCCAGGAAGACUAGCGACCACUUUGUGGAAGCUAAUGGGGAUCCAAAUACAGAAUAAAGAAUAAAGAGGAGAUUAUGGCCAUAA